AUGCCUUACAACAUCUCCGCCAUCCCUCCGCCAGAGGAGGUCAGUGGCCAUGCAGCUCUGCCAUUGACCAGAAUCAAGAAGAUCAUACAUCUGGACGAGGACAUAGCGCAGUGCUCCAACAACGCCGCCUUCGUGAUCGCAGUGGCUACUGAGAUGUUUAUCCGCUACCUGGCCGAGCAAGGUUACAAUGUUGUCAAGUCCGAGCGAAAACCAAGACGGACGAUCCAAUACAAAGAUCUAGCCACCGCCGUCUCCCGUAUCGACAACCUCGAGUUCCUAGCCGACGUAAUACCCAAAACAACAACAUAUAAACAGUUCAAAGAGAAGAGGGCCAAGGAGACUGCCAACGGGGCCGGUUUCCUCCCACGUUCCUGGGUUCUUGAUGAGGUGAUUCAGCGUGUCGAGAACAAGGGUGAUCGAAAAAUUCUCGACCGCAUCAUACAUAUGGCCCUUAAUCCGUUCCAGGAUGGGUGGGACUUGAAUAAGGAUGAGGAAGAGCGAUUCUGCGGAGAUGUCCCACGUGUGCCCCAGUGGACCAAUCAGCGUCCCCGUGAUUGGGCUCCGAUCCCUCGCGAAUUUCCAACCAUCAAAAAGACUUCAUUAACCCUCAGCCAACUCCAACUCCAACUUCACUCCUCGCAACACUCAACCAUCAGAGCCACAACACCUCCUCCGCAGUAA